AUGGGUGACGGCUCUGAUUACCCUAGUCCAAGAAGCGAAGGUCCUGGAGGUCCUACAUCUGUUCUCAUCACUGCUCAGGAUACUCUAUCUCCCAUUCCGAAGAUGGCCGAUCAACUGUCUCCCAAUUUCAUGGAAGGGGCUCGUCCGCGACUGUCGGUGAGGCGAGCGCGCGAUCCGCCCAAGAACGCUGUCGGUCAGAUUUAUUGUGACCAUGCAGAGUGUCAAGCGAGCCCUCCGACCUUUCGACGUCCCUGCGAAUGGAACAAGCACAUGGACAAACAUGACCGCCCUUACAAGUGUCAAGAACCUGGAUGCGACAAAAUCCAAGGGUUCACAUACUCUGGCGGUCUCCUGCGGCACCAGCGCGAGGUGCAUAAGAAGAACAUCAACGCCAAGAAACCUCUGAUGUGUCCAUAUCCUGACUGCAACCGCAGCACAGGAAACGGAUUUACGCGUCAAGAAAACUUAAAAGAGCAUCUUCGCCGUCGCCACAUGCAUACUGAGAACGGGCAUGCGCCAGAACUCGCCAUUGUGCCAUCGCCUGAUUUGGAUGGCACUGCCGUGCUGCAGAAUGCUUCGACCACCAUGAAGCGAAAGCACGACUCGAUUGAUGACGACCCUUCCAUCAUAUUCCCGGAGGAUGGCGAGAAUGGUGUCGACCUGCGCAGCGAACUGAAGAGACUGCGCCGCGAAGUCCAAGAGAAGGAUCGCCGGCUAGAAGAGCUUGAGCGCGUUGUCGCGGGGCUGCAGCAAGUGAUCCCGCAAACCGCAGCCACCCAGGGAUAA